AUGGAUCCUCCAAUUCUCACAAAACCAUUAGAUAAAGUAUGCGAAUUUCAUGCAACAUCAACCCAUGAGUCUAGUCUAGAUCCAAACGCUGAUGCCUGUGUUAAACUCGUCACAUCAAAAAAUUCUGAUAAUAAAUCGACAAUUAUUAUUGAUUCAUCAUCUAAUAAUGGUGAUUUAACUGUUACACCAGCAUUUCCAAAUUUUCCAACAGAUGAAGAACUUAUUAUCCAACCAGAAUCGACUAUACGUCUAGAACCAUCUAACGAUGCCUCAGUACACGAUAUUAAUUCCAGCUCAUCAACAACAAACACUUCUCGCCCAUCACAACAAACACUUCAAAUACUUGAUGAACUCAAAUAUUUACUUAAACCAACGAAUUCAUUAGCUAAUCCACAAGCAGUCCAAGAAGCAGAUUCGGCUAUCAAACGUCGAACAGUUCAAUUUGAUGAGGACAUAUUGAGUGAUGCUGAUAGACUACUAUAUGAAGGUUUAACGCCACAUGAAGCAAAAUCACUUGGUGCGGCAGAACGUCGUUCAAUUGCAGCACGUGGUCAACGUGUAUCGAGCAUUUCACAAUUUUCUGAGCGAUCUCGUUCAACACAUUCCGCUCAUCAGACUCAUUCUCAUUCUCAAAUAUCAUCAACUAUCAAAAUUGCUAAACCUGAACGUCGUGCUUUUCUUGAUCAUCUUUCAGGUUUAAUUUGGGCGUUUCUUGCAGCUUAUGCUUUUAGUAUUAUUAUAUUUUUAACUAAAAUUUGUGAAAUUGAUCUCGUCUUUGGUUUUUUUCUACAAAUGUUUGUUCAAUUAAUAGCCUUUGGUAUCUAUGCUUUCUAUAAAGGCUAUAAUCUAUUAGGACCAAGUGAACAUCAAAUUGCAACUAUUUGUCGUGCUUUAUUAAUUGGUUUUGGUGCACUUACUUCUUUUCUUGCUUAUUAUUAUAUAACAUUACCUGAUCUUUCGGCUAUCCGACAAACUCAAAUAAUGUUUACAAUAAUUCUUUCAAUGAUUUUUCUUCAUGGACGUGUUACUAUAUCACGUAUUAUUGCUUGUGUUUUGAUAAUUAUUGCUAUAAUACUUCUUAUUCGACCAAGAAUAUCUGAAAGAUUAUUUUCUUUAAUAUUUAAUUCAACUGAUUAUAAAUCUUCUCGGAUUCCAUAUUCAUCAUCAUGGAAUUCUAUUAUUGGUAUUAGUUUUGCUCUUUGUACGGCUAUUUCUUAUAGUAUUGCAUCAAUAAUGAAUAAAAUUUAUUUUAGUACUCAACAAUUACAUAAUACAGUUUUAUGUUUUUGGUCAGCAUUAUCAGCACUAACUAUAUCAAGUAUUCUUUUAUAUGUUACUCAUUUUGUUUUAAAAGAUGGUCGAUCAUUUCCUCAUGAUUGGAGGUUAUUUGUUGGCAUUGCACUUGCAUUAGCAUCGAUUUUUGUUUUUAUUGCUAAUCAAAAAGCAAUCAAACGUGAACGUUCUUCAAUAGUAGCAUUAAUCUAUUCAACAGAUAUUGUACUUGCUUUAAUUUUACAAAAUAUAUUCACACAUAUAAAAAGUGAUAAAGUCGUUAUUUUAGGUAGAAUUUUUUUUUAUUUAUAA